AUGAAAACCCUACACAGGCUGCAGCGUCGUCGCUGCCAGCUUACGACACCAACCUCAGGGCACGACUUCGACCAGGUAUUUCCAUUGCUCUCUCUCUUUCUCUCUCUGCUUUCAAUGGCGUGUGCCGAUGCUUCGUCGGUGGGUUGGCCUGGGGCACCACCGACCAGUCCCUCGAACAAGCUUUUGCCCAGUACCACAAAUAGCAGCGCCCUCUGUCAGAAAGUGUACCUUUACUCCACCCACCUGACCCCACAACUAGUAGAGUUUUUUUCAAUCAAAUUAACUAACAUUGGUCGAGAAAUGUGUGACUUUGAUUUCAUGUAA